AUGUUGAGAAGAGGGCCGACUCUGGUGCGUGUUAGUUACUUACCGCCCAAAUACCAUCUCAACCGGACGGGACGUACAGAUUGCAGCAAGGGCGGGUUCUACAAGGAGCCCACAAGCAAUGCAGAGAUCAACGCCCUCGAGACUCUGAGCAUCUCCUGGGACACAAGCUGCCUAACCAGCCAGCAGGCGGACAUCUAUCUAUACGCCCCCGGCACCCAGUCCUCCCGCAUCCACAUCUGGGAGGGUGUAACAUUCAGCGACGGCCACUACGACGCCGAGCUCAAGCCCCGCUGGUGGAACUCGACCGCGUCCCAGAAACUCCAGCUGUCCAUAGUCGAAGCGGGCACCGCGCCCUUCCUCAGCCCCUACCCCGCGGGGCCCGUCUUCACCGCGAAGUACGAAGCGCCCGAGGGCGACACCCCCGAGGCCGCGGACACGUCCAAGAACUCGGACGACGUCGGCAUCACCCAGGUGCAGAGCGCGACGGCUGAGGAGUCGAACAAGGGCCUGUCGAAGGGCGCGGUUGCCGCCGCGGUCAUUGUCCCCAUUUUGUUCGUUGCCAUGCUCGUUGCGGUCUAUAUCCGCAUGAGCCGCAAGCGGGGUCAGGAGAAACGCCAACGCUUCAGCCAGGCUAUCGACAAGCGCAUGUCGACCAUCUCCGCCGACUGGCGGAGUAUGUCUGCAGCCGGCGCGUCUGCGGCAAUUCGUAACUCGAUUGCACCGUCUGCAGACUCCAACUCGAACAACCGUCUUUCCAGCUUCUCGUUUGGCAAUAUUAGGCCCGUCAGCACUGUGGACAACGACGGCGAGAGCGGUCAAGCGGGUAUCGGUGCGCCACGCGAGAUGUACCAGCAUGACAACGCCCCGAUCUCGCAUCUUCGUCAUACUAUUGUGUCGGACGGCGAGCGCGUCUCCCGCAUCUCGUACGCCGAGGGACAGGCUCCACGUAUCUCGCGGGUGUCCUUCGCGGAUUCCCCGCGCCCUCGUCCUUCCGUCGACACUAGGAGGUCUGCGUACUCUGUCAACGGUGCUAGCCGCUCCUUUCAUACCGCCGUCAAUGCUCCUCCAAUUCCGACACGUCAGGACUCUGAUUCGUCGACGUACUCGUCACCUGCUAUUGGUGUCAUGAGUCCGACGCAGACUGCCGGCGCAUUCUCGUUGACUCCGGAAGAUAUCCAGUCGCGUCUGCGUAACAGCAACGAGGGUGACAUGGACAAUAUCUAUCCGGCGUUGAGCAUGAUGCACACUGGACGCGACUCGCAGGCCCCUGUUGGUUCGCCCGAGGAAGAACAUGGUCACCCGCUGUUCCCGCCCCCUCCGCCUGCGUCGUCGCCGCCCCCGCCGCAGAGCCCUCUUGGUAUGAUGCCUAUGCAGGCCCUUCCGGAUAACGUGAUGAGUCCCGACGACAUGAUGAAGGCGUACGCGGCAGCGCGCCAGGUGGAUCCCACGACGGCCUCGUCCUUCCGUCCCGACGGCUUCGACCCCAUCGCCUACCCGAAUUCGUCUGCCUUGUCGGCGUACUCGUCCUCUUCGGCGUCCACCGCCGCACAGCCCGCGCGCUACAACGCCGUCGGUAUGCGCGUGCUCUACUCCGAGGAUGAGGGCCAUGGCGCGGCGCCUAUGCCGGGCGCCCCGCGCGCGGAAUAG